GAAAGUAUCAUGAAGAAAUUAAUACUUGUACUUGGUGGUUCUACUUUUAUGGGAAAGGAAUUAUUGCAAGAUAUUUCUGAAAAUGAAUCUUAUGAAGUUCAUUAUAUAAAUAGAGGAAAAAAUUAUUGGAACAAUGCAGUCAAUCAAAUAAAGAAUGUUUAUUAUACAUAUGGCAAUCGAGAAGAUACAACAGAUUUUACGACAUUGAUUAGAUAUCUUUCAAAGAAACUUGGUGUUGGAGUAAAUGGUAGAAAUUGGGAAGCUGUUAUUGAUUUUUCAGCAUUUUAUAGUAAUCAGGUUAAAUCAGUAUAUGGAGCCUUAAGAGGAUUAUGCAAUUUAUAUAUAUUUAUAUCAACAGACUCAAUCUAUGAUGUUUGUAAGAUAAGAUAAAUUCCAAUAACUGAAGAUUAGGAUUAAAGAAAAGAAUUAUCAGAUUAAGAAAAAAAAAGAGAAAGUUAUGGCCAUGUAAUAAUUAUUAUGAAUAAAUUUAGAAUAAAUUGAAAUGUGAAGAGUUUCUAUAAAAUUAUGUAGUAGAAGGUUCAUUUCGAUAUGUUAUUUUAAGACUUCCUGAUGUAAUUGGACCAUUUGAUGAUUCUGGAAGAUUUUUUGCAUUAGUGAAAUGGCUUUAAUAAAAUGAUAAGAAUCCUAUUUAAGUGGUAAAUUUGAUUAACAUAAUAAUAGGAUUAAGCUGUGCAAUCUGAAUAAAUUAGUCUUGUAUAUAGCACAGAUGUUGUGAAUUGCAUUAAAUAUUUCAUUUAAAAUAUUCCAUAAUAAAAUUAAAUUUAUAAUGUUUGCUUUGAUGAGACAAUUUCAUAUAUUGAAUUAGCUUAGGUUAUUGUAAUACUUUAAUACUAAUUUUAGCUUGAUAAAAUAUCAAAAAAAUAAUAAUUAAAUAUUAAACAUGUAAUAGAAGCUAGUAAAUUUUAUCCUUCAGUUGAUUGUGGAAUUAUUAGUAAUAAAAAAAUAAAAGAAUUGGGCAUUCAAUUAACCCCUUUAAUGACAGCUUUAGAGAAGACAAUUGACUUUUUUAUAAAGGAUGCUCCUAAUUAUGAAGCUGAAAAUAAGGCUGCACUUGAGAAGCUUAAUAGAAAAUUAAAUGCUUGAGUAUGUAAUGGGUUAUGAAAUGAUUUAAAUAUUAAUUCC